UGUGUUCAAAUGUUGUGUUCCUUUAAACGAUUUUUAAAUGGUUUGUCUGUUUGUCCGAUAUAAAUAUCCUAACAUUUUCAGUAAGUUAAUUUAUAAAUCCUAAAAGUGAUUUCUGUCGUGCUGAAGAUUAUGAGAAAACGAGAUAAAGAAUUAUUGUAUUGUAUAAUUUUUGCUUUAUAUAUUUUCUAUUAUACAUAUUUUGUAUAAACUAAAAUGUAACAGGAAUUGUGCAAAAUAUUCUAAAUCCCGUCUCGACAAAAUGAGCAUCAGACUAUAAAACUCGGUUUUUCCGCAAGAAAAAACCCACACAUUGUAAAUUUAUCUCAACAUUCGACCCUUAAUCGUCAAUUUUUAACGAUUUGCAAUUUGGUGGUCAAAAAAAAUAGUAGGUAUUUUAUGACGUGUGGUCUUCCCAAGAGAUAUUAAAAAAAUUGCAUCUGCACAGAUGAAACGUUUUCAAACACACAUACGAAGAGACUAUUACCAAAUUUUAGUACUAACAAUUUCAUAAAAUAAUAAAAAACCGAUAAAGAAAUGUUUGCAUCGAAUUCUGACUGUCUAAAUUUACAUCGGACAAACAUAAUGAAUCUUUAAAACGAUUAAAAAAGCGCUAGACAUCCUUUAAACACAAAAACGUCAGAAUCCACUUUUAUUAUGGUAAAAAACAGCCUAACAAUGAAUUUAAUGCAUACUGGUAAAUCUGUCGACAUACUAAUAAAGAUUCGAAAACAACUCAAAAAAAAACAAAAAACGUUGCAAACAAAAAUUUUAUCGCUUUUAUGAAACGUUUGAUAUUCAAUAUAGGUAUUUAUUCAAAUUAGACCGUUUUGAUAGUUUUAAGUAAAUAAAUUGGAGUUUCCGAAAUAAAAAUGGUUACUGGUUGAAAAUUACACACCUACGAAAAAAAAGUGUGAUUAUUUGAAACCGUGAAAAUUGUUAUUGUAAACAGUCAGUUACACUACUGGGCAGCUCUAAAAUCAUCAAAUUUGAAAUUAUUUUGACCAGUAGUUGGCAAUACAGAAGUACACGCCCACAGAUCUGUUCUGGCCAGCAUAUCGCCAUAUCUUUUUGAACUGUUUACUACUGACCAAGAUCAAAAGCGGACCGAAAAUGUGAUCACCUACAGAUUGAAUGGAGGUUUUGAUACGACAGCUUUACAAAUUUUGAUCGACUACGCCUACACCGGCAAGCUUCGCGUCCACUACAAUAACGUAAAAGCAGUGUUUUCGUCUGCAAACAACCUAAAAAUGGAACGAGUAACCAGAAUAUGUGCUCAACAUCUUAUCAAACAUCUCUCUGCUGAGAACUGCGUUGAAAUUAGAUCUCUGCCGGGUAUUGCCAGAAAUAAAGAAUUUAUCCAACAAGUGGAUACCUUCAUUGCCAAAGAGUUUGCAGAAAUCAGCAAAUCUUCCACAGUGUUAAAUCUCUAUUGCGCUCGGAUAGAAGUCCUAAAUCAAUCUCGCGAAGAAAUGUCUCUGGUAAACGAGAACUCACUCUGUAGACUAGUUCUUGAGUGGAUCAGGCGACAGAUCAGCGACGAGCACCUCCUAAUAUCUGAUCUGUCUGAAAAGACAUUUAUGUUGUACCUCGCUUUAGAUAAUUCUCUACAAGACUGUUCAAGCCUCCCUUCGGGCGAUAUUAGCGACACUGAGAUGGUUCAGGACUACAAGAAGCUCUCGUUAAAGGACAAACAGGGAGUGUCGAAACCAAAAAGGAAAGUCCUCGGACAACCUUCUAAACCACGGGUGUUAAUUUAUAAUAGGGAGAUCGGAGAAGAAUUAGAUAAUGAAAUGGAACCUGAUUGGAAUCUUAUAGCGACAACCGCCGUGAGUGAACACAGCUUUUUGGGUUUGGUCACCUUGGCUGGAAAGCUGUCUACACUUUCCAUACAGUUAAAGUUAAACACACCUUCUACUCCUUCUCCGGUCCAAACACCAGAUGCCAGUAGAUCUGCUAGUGAAGACAAACCUGAUCUCUAUUGUGCGGUAGCUAACAUGUUGUGUCAUAGGUGUGCUCAUGGAUGUGGUAAUUACAACAAUACUCUGAUAGUGUGUGGUGGUUAUGAUAGGACAGAAUGCUUAAGAUCUGCAGAACAAUACAUUCCAGAAACGAAUACUUGGAAAAAUCUUCCUCCAAUGAGAGAAAGCCGGGGUCGUUUCAAAAUUGCCGUUCUAGACGACAAAAUUUAUGCCAUAGGUGGUAGUAACGGGACUACGGAAUUGGAUUCUGUGGAAAUGCUUGACUUUUCCGUGGGGAAGUGGGUGAAACUUCCGAGGAUGCCUCUCGCCCGAAGCAAUCUGGGUGUAUGUACGUUGGACAAGAAGAUAUACUGUAUCGGUGGUUGGAAUGGACAAGUUGGUAUCAAACAGUGCCACGUAUACAAUCCAGAAACAGCCGCUUGGACCUCCAUAGCGUCAUUGAAUGCAGGCCGAUAUCAAGCUGGUGUCACAGCAUAUAACAACCUUGUAUACGCCAUAGGAGGCUCAGACGCAUGGAACUGCCUGUCGUCCGUGGAAUACUACAACCCGGUAGAUAACACUUGGCAUUUAUCCAAGCCGAUCAUUACAGCCAGAAGAGGCUGUGGAUUGACUGUAUUCAACAACAAGAUGUACGUCAUCGGAGGUUCGGACGGCUCACAUUCCUUGAAUACGACUGAAAUUUUUGAUGACGAGACGCAGACUUGGACGUUCGGACCAGCCAUGACAACUUCGAGGGCAAAUAUGGAGGUGGCGGUUGUCGGGGAUAGGUUAUAUGCCGUUGGGGGAUUUUCAGGUAAGACAUUCCUGAACACGAUAGAAUACUUGGACCUAAAUUCGAACGAGUGGACCACAUUUGUACCAAAAGGCACCUGUGAAUUUCUGAACAGGAGGAAACCAAGGAGCCGCAAGAACUCCAGAAAGAGCAUGUCAGAGGACAAGAAAUCGCUAAACUCCCCCAGUACACCAUCAGACAUAAUGGAAAACCCCAUGGUCUCCCAUGCGAUCCAGCUAUCAAUGGAAGAAGCAGUUAUUGACAAUUCGUAAAAAAUUAGAUAAUAUAUAUCUUAUAUUAUAUCUUUAAUCAUCAGUAUACAUCUGAUAGGUAUAUAUUUAAUCCAGAAUAAGUAUUAUAUUCAUGUUGUACUGAAGAAUAACUCAGCUUCAUCUUCAUUGAUUAUAUUUUUUUAAGAAAAAUUUCUAAAAUAUCAAAUUGCUUUCUUUUAGGAAGUAUGUAGUAUUUUAGUUUUAAUAAAUUGAUUAUUAAGG